CUGCAAUAUUGGACUGGUCCAAUAUGAAGUCCAAUACUGCAGUCUUUUUAGGAGCGCGCCCGUAAUCCCUUUUUGCUACGCUCGCUCCCUGCACCUUAAAAAGGCGCGUGCAUAGCUGAAGGUCACUAAAACACAAAGCUCUCAGCUCUGCGGUCCAAUAUAGCGCAUGCGCGCUGCCUGAGGACUGCUACACAGACUGCAAUAUGGCGAGAAUGCCUGGCAGCGGAGACUGCUCGAGCGACGCGACAGAGACUGAGCAGGAUGAACACAUGAGUUGCCCGGAGAGGAGCGGAGACGAAGAGGAGGACGAGAUACAGGAGGUUCAGAUAACGGGGGAGGAGGAGGACCAGUAUGGGGAAGACGUCGAGUUUGAGUGGGAGUCAGAGAGUGUGGACCCCAGCUCUUGCUCUGCAGCUGAGACAGAAGCGGUCGUUAUGCGCAACACGGACCGGUGCGGCGGACUGGGAGAGGAGGUGGACCAAUUUCACAUCCCUGGACUCGACUCAGAACUUGAGGGAGACUCGCAGCGGUCUGACCGGUCUAGACUGAGUGAGAAUACCCGCCUAGCCACGAGAUACGCGGUGCGGAUCUUUCGAGAGUACCUGAGUGAGAAAGCCAAAAGUCCUGACUUUGAAACUCUGGACAAGGAGGCGCUAUGCGCAGUGCUCCGCUCCUUCUAUGCGGAAGCGCGCUCUAAGAGCGGACAGUUGUAUAGCAAGUCCUCCCUCAUAAGCAUCCGGAGCUCACUCAACCGCUAUCUGAAUGAACCUCCUUAUUGUCGCACUCUGGACCUCACAAAAGACCCAGAGCUGCGCAGUGCCAAUCUGACGCUUGCCGCCGUCAUCCGAAAAUUGGAAGAACAAGGUGCGGGUCCCGUAGUUCAGAAGCAAGCCAUCACUCGAUCCGACCUUCGAAAACUCUACACCUCCGGCGCAUUCAACACCGACACGCCGUUCGGGUUGCUCAAUAAAGUCUGGUUCGAGACAUGCAUGUAUUUUUGCACGAGAGGGAGAGAGAAUCAGCGCGAGCUGGAGGAGGACUCAUUCGGACUUGCCAUUGAUGAGGACGGGAGAAAGUUUAUCUUCUUCAAAGCUCUGGGACCAUAUCACAGGUCUCGCUCCGCAUCUUGGACUAAAAAAAGACCCGACACGGACGAAGAAACCUUGCCGCGCAUGUACGAGACGGGCACUGAGUUUUGCCCCUAUGCCAGUUUCGUGAAGUAUGUCUCUAAACGGAACCCUCUCUGUAAAGCGUUCUUUCAGCGCCCACGAGACCAUUGCUGCGCGAGCGAUAUGACAUGGUACGAGAACAAAGCCAUCGGUAAAAACCUGCUGGGUACAAGAAUGCAGAUGCUGUCGCGUGCUGCAAAGCUGUCAAAGACUUACACCAACCACUGCAUCGGCGCCGUGUCUAUAGCAACACUCAACAGCAUCGCUGGGAUCGGGACAAAGUCAGCGACGCUUUACGUUGCCUCGGAAACGGUGAAUGGCGCACAGUCACAUCUUCAGCUCGUGAUCCCGUACAUCCGACAGGUUACGGAUGCCGUGGAGCUCAAACCGCAGAGGACAACGCGAAGAGCACGGACACUGUGCCCCAACGACGUCUCCGGGCCGCCGUCUCCAAAGAAGCUUUGCGUGCGUCCGGAACGCGUGGAUACGCCAGUGUUCACGGAGCAUAAGACUGACCCGGUGCCCACACGACCCCCAGAUGCCCACAGUGGGGAGCCCAAUAGCCAGUCACCGGAUAUUCUGUUGCCCGUGCAGGUAACAUACUUCCAGCCAGCGUAGAGAUAUGACAUUCGAAUAUGUUCUUUAGACAAAUUUGUGGCUGCUAUAUCUGGUGUUGUUUGUGUCCAUCUUUCCCAUGAUUUUGAACUUGGAAAAAAGGAUUUGUUCAGCAAAUGUGCC